AUGUCCGAUCAACCUCAAAAGCUAUGGGGAGGACGGUUUACGGGAGCCACUGACCCUUUAAUGGAUCUCUACAAUGCUUCGUUACCUUACGAUAAGAAAAUGUAUGCGGCUGAUUUGGAAGGAACCCGAGUCUACACUAUGGGACUUGAGAAGCUCGGUUUAUUGACUUCUACAGAGUUGACGGAGAUUCACCGAGGAUUGACCCAGAUCAAUGAUGAAUGGAUUUCGGGAAAAUUUGAGGAGAAGCCGGGAGAUGAAGAUAUUCACACUGCAAAUGAAAGAAGGUUGGGAGAGAUCAUUGGCCGUCAUAUUGCAGGAAAGGUCCAUACCGGACGGUCUAGAAAUGAUCAGGUUGCCGUCGAUAUGCGUCUCUUUGUUCGAGGAGAGUUAACUAAGGUAUCCAAUCAUCUCAGAACAUUGAUUCAGACACUGAUCAAGCGUGCAGAGAAGGAGAUUGAUUACCUAAUGCCUGGUUAUACUCAUUUACAGAGAGCUCAGCCUAUCAGAUGGUCCCAUUGGUUAAGUAUGUAUGCCACGUACUUUACCGAGGACUAUAAACGGCUUCAGCAGGUCAUUGACAGACUUAACGUGUGUCCUCUUGGAGCCGGUGCCAUUGCUGGACAUCCAUAUGGUAUUGACAGAGAGUUUAUUGCCAAAGAGUUAGGCUUCAAAGGAGUCAUUGGCAACUCUAUGGCUGCAGUGAGUGACAGAGACUUUGUUAUGGAGACGUUAUUUUGGAUCUCGUUGUUUAUGAAUCACAUCUCACGUUUUAGCGAGGACUUAAUCAUCUACUCCAGUGGAGAGUUUCACUUUGUCAGUCUAGCUGAUGCCUAUUCUACGGGUUCAUCUUUGAUGCCUCAGAAAAAGAAUCCUGAUUCUUUAGAGCUUUUGAGAGGUAAAUCCGGCAGAGCGUUCGGUAGCUUGGCCGGUUUUAUGAUGUCGAUGAAAGGUAUUCCUUCAACUUAUGAUAAGGACAUGCAAGAAGAUAAAGAGCCUUUAUUUGAUGCCAUGACUACUGUUGAGCAUUCCAUUUUGAUUGCUACCGGUGUUAUAUCUACGUUGAAGGCUAACAAUCGGGACAUGGAAGCAGCAUUAAGUAUGGACAUGUUGGCCACAGAUUUAGCAGAUUACUUGGUUCUUAAGGGAGUUCCAUUUAGAGAGACUCAUUAUAUAUCGGGUGAAUGUGUUCGUGCAGCAGAAGAAAGCCAUCUUUCUGGUAUCGAUCAACUUUCUUUGGAUCAGUUCCAAAAGAUUGAUAAGAGAUUUGGUCCAGAUGUCUUUCAAACCUUCGAUUUCGAGAGAAGUGUUGAAAAGAGAGAUGCAACCGGAGGAACUGCGAAGAUUGCUGUUCUCAAACAGUUACAUCAGCUCCAGCAAUAUCUCUCCUAA